CAGUUUGAUGCUCAGUUGUAUUGUAUGGCCCUUUGACUUGGGGAAAUAGGCCCAAUCUUGAAUCUUGAAAUAGGUUGAGGUCGGGUGGGAAAAACUCGUUUGAAUGCUUGGGGCAUUUCGUUGAACUGUCAUUGGUAUUCACAGUGGAAGGAAGAGUCCAGAAGCAACCGCGACAUGCAUCUAGAAACAACCAGGGGUAUCUUUACUCUCCUUCAAUUCUGGAGAUCGUUUCUGGUGAUCAUGGUGCCGUUGGCAGCAUUGCCGUUGGUUUUCACCGAAAAUGAGGACACGCAACAGGCUUUUCGAUGCGCUUAUGUUAUGGUGAUAAUGGCUGCCUUCUGGGUGACUGAAGCUCUUCCCUUGGCUAUCACAUCCCUGAUCCCUGUGGCGUUGUUGCCAAUUCUGGGGAUCAUGACCACCGACGAAGUGGGCAAGGAGUACUUAAAGGAAACCAAUAUGAUGUUUAUUUCGGGGAUUAUCGUAGCCAUUGCAGUGGAGCAUUGCCACCUCCACAAAAGAAUUGCCCUCAACGUGCUCUAUUUGAUGGGAACAAGUCCACGAAGAGUCAUGUUGGGAUUUAUGUUACCAACUUGUUUUCUGUCCAUGUGGAUGUCCAACACAGCUACCACGGCCAUGAUGGUACCAAUUGUUGAUGCGGUAGUCACAGAACUAGAAAAGGACCCAGAAGACGUGGAAAUGAGUGAGGAACGAGCACAAGAAGAUAAGCAGGAUGAAAAAACGUCAUCGACUCCCAAGUCGAAAGCGACCGCGGGGAAGCUUCAAAUCCGUUACAUGAUCUUCCUCUCAAUCGCCUACGCAGCCAAUACGGGUGGAACGGGCUCUUUGACGGGCACGGGCUCAAACUUGAUUUUGAAAGGAGUGGUGGCCGAGUUUCCGGGCCAUACUCCGAUCAAUUUCGCCAAUUGGAUGUUCUACGCCGUACCAGCCAUGCUCCUAAACCUGUUGGGUUGCUGGCUUUGGCUCCAGUAUUGGUUUAUGGGUCUGGAGAAUCCGUUCAAGAGAUCUACUAAGACGGAACAAGAGGCUGGAAAUGAACGUCGUAAUCAAAACGUGCGGCGUGUGUUGAAGCUCAAAAUCCAGGAGUUGGGCAGGGUGACCUUUCAUGAAGCCGCCGUUUUCUGUCUUUUUUUUCUUUUGGUUCUGCUUUGGCUCUUCCGCGAUCCCAAAUUUAUCACCGGUUGGGGAAAUUUUGUGCACAUUCAGAAACAGAGGUUUGUUCCCUUGGUUGGUGGGAACUGUUCCAAUUCGAGUAAUUGCACAUACACCAGUGAAACGUACGAAAAAGAGGCCAUUGAUGAUGCCACAGCGGGCAUGUUGAUUGUCCUUUUGCUAUUCAUCCUACCGGCCCAACCCAAUUUUUGGCCCUUUAACCGACAGAGCAAAGCCCUGCGAUCCGCACCCUCGGUGGGGCUUUUGGAAUGGUCUGCCAUUCACGACCGAAUGCCAUGGGCUCUGGUUUUGCUUCUGGGCGGUGGAUUCGCUCUAGCCAAGGCCACCGAUGUGUCUGGCCUGUCGAAAUGGAUGGGAAGUCAAUUAGAAGUAUUGAACUUUCUCGACUCACGACUCAUUGUGCUGGUGAUCUGUAUCCUCACCGCCAUUGCCACGGAAGUGACCUCAAAUGUGGCCACGGCGUCCAUUUUGAUGCCUGUGUUAAGAGAUUUGGCCAUAUCCCUCCAAAUCAAUCCCCUGUAUUUGAUGAUCCCAGCCACUCUGACGUGUUCGUACGCAUUCAUGUUGCCGGUUGCGACGCCUCCGAAUGCGAUCGUCUACUCGGCCUCGGGAAUGAAAACCUCGGAUAUGUUCAAGUGUGGAUUUUUUGUCAAUAUCAUCUGUGUGGUCAUCAACUACGCGUGCUUGAACACGUAUGGAAUCCCAUUGUUCCAUUUGGACGAGGUUCCAGAAUGGGUUGUGAUGCAAAAACGAUGAACAACUGUCUCUCUCCUCUCUCCUCCCUCUGUUUCCCUCUAUUUGAUAUUUAUGGUUAGAUUGUAGAUUGGAGUGCACUAGUGGUUCUAGCACGUGUUUUGUCUCUACUCCUCUCUCAUUCUCUAUCUCUUUUGUAUCUCUGUCCUCUCUCUGAACCAAGAUCUACCACGGUACGAGGAGAGAUAUGGAUGUGUGCGUGUGUGUUUGUAGCAAGACUAGCAUGGAAAUACAAACUGCACGACCGAACGAAUAUUCGAAUGAGGACCUUA